AUGUCGGCUGGGAUAACGAAAUUAGGUGCCUGCGUUGUUAAAAGUGCAGUCGAUCAGUCAAGUUUUACGGUUAAAACUUUCUGGGAGAAUUCACCUUGCAUUAUCGCUCUUCUUCGUCGUUUCGGAUGCGCUUUCUGUCGUUUAGAGACUUUGGAGCUCAGUCGUAUGAAGAAACCCUUACAGAGUAAGGGAGUUCGCUUGAUCGCCAUUGGACAUGACAAAGAUGGACUCGAGGAAUUCAAGGCUGGAAAAUUUUUCGAUGGAGAACUCUACAUGGAUGAAGCGAAGGAUACCUAUAAUGCCCUUGAGUUGGGAAGAGUUGGAAUGCUUUCUGGCUUUAUGUCACUUUUGUCUGGUCCUGGAAGAAAUCUUAUUCAUGAAACAAAGGAGAAAAAGGUUGAUGGAAAUCUUAAAGGAGACGGCUGGCAAACUGGUGGUCUUCUUGUAAUUGAUAAAGGUGGGAAUGUUUUGUACUCCUUCAAACAAGAUAAGAUAACGGAGAAUCCUGACUAUGCCAAGAUUAGAGAACUCUUUAACGUGAAAGAAGAGGAUUUGGCUCCUUUGAAGAUGGAGCAGCCAAAGGCUGAGUGCAGUUAA